AUGGCGGGCGCUCCCCGCGCGCUGCUGCUGCUUUGCCUUUGCCUCAGCCGGAGCCUGCUCGUGGCCCCCGGGGAGCCGGCGCUGGAGCGCUCGGGCGGGCUGCGGAAAAGAAGCCGGGCGGCGGCGUUGGCUGCAGGUGACCAGCCCGCCCCGCUCGUCGUCUCCCCAGAGGACAAGGUCUCGGAACACAUGCUCCGGCUCUACGACCGGUACAGCGGCGGUCGGCCCGAGGAGUCGGCGCCCGGCGCGCCUCAGCUGUUCCACCUCCGCGAGGGCAACACGGUGCGCAGCUUCCGAGCACUGCCAGCAGGGAUCCCUGGCAACAAAGAAGUGCGGGUUUUUAACCUGACCUCCCUCACCAAGUCUGAAAACAUCUUGUCUGCUCUGUUGCAUUACUAUGUUGGGGAUCUCCAUAACAGCAGCAAUAAUUGCCCUCAUAUCAAGGGCUGCUCUCGCCAUGGGCACAGGAAGACCGACAUGCAGAUCAGCCUCUCGCUGUUGAGUUUUCCUCCAUCGGGAAACCAAACUCGGACCCUGGGGCAUUACUCCAUCAACAUCUCCACUGCUUUUCGGGACAUCCUUUCUUGGCAGUGGAAGAACAUUACUCAAGUCUUGAGUAAGGCAAAGCAAAACAACGACCUGCUCAUUGGAGUCAAAAUGGCCUCUGUCGGCCGGCACACCUGGAAGAACAUGCAUCCCAGCUACGAGCCGUACAUUCUCGUUUACGCGAAUGACUCUGCGAUUUCGGAGCCCGAGAGUGUCGUCUCCAGCUUGCAAGGGCACUGGAGCCCACUUCCAGCCAGCUUUCCAAAAUUAGACAGCCAUUUGAAACGCGGGCUGGGGGAACGGCGGCAAAAGCGCUCCGCCAGCGUCCUGCUGCCUCUGCAGAACAACGAGCUCCCGGGAGCCGAGUACCAGUACAGCGAAGACGAAGGUUGGGAGGAGAGGAAGCACUACAAAACGCUGCAGCCCCGGCUGGCGGAGAGGGCAAAGAACAAGAAGAAGCAGAGAAAGAACAACCACCAGAAAAGCCAGACGCUGCAGUUUGAUGAGCAGACCCUGAAAAAGGCAAGGAGGAAGCAGUGGAAUGAACCCAGAUUCUGCUCACGGCGCUACCUCAAAGUGGAUUUUGCAGAUAUUGGCUGGAGCGAAUGGAUUAUUUCCCCUAAAUCUUUUGAUGCAUAUUAUUGCUCAGGUGAAUGCCAGUUCCCGAUUCCAAAGGCCUUGAAGCCCUCCAACCAUGCAACUAUCCAAAGCAUUGUGAGAGCUGUGGGUGUGGUCUCUGGGAUUCCAGAGCCUUGCUGCGUCCCAGACAAGAUGUCAUCUCUCAGCAUCUUAUUCUUCGAUGAAAACAAGAACGUGGUACUCAAAGUCUACCCAAACAUGACAGUGGAAUCCUGCGCCUGCAGAUAAUACCCUCCCCUGCAACCCAAGAAGCCUUAUCUUAAAAAAACAAAACACCUCCUGCAUUGACUUUGUUGCUUAACAGUUCCCCCCACCUGACCCCGUUUUGCACUGCCAAUGCAUUUCAUUCUCCAAAGAUUUAUAAACAAGUAUGAAUGAAAAGGCGUGCAGGAGCCAAGAAGGAACACACCAUAGGUUACCACAAUGUGGAAGGACUAGACUGUAACUUUCUUACUGUGAGAAUAUGGUGGUGGGGGGAAUGGAAAGCUCAGCACCGGUAGAGCAAGCAACAAACCUUGCUAUUGCAAGCUAUGCAUGGGGGGGGGGGGAGAAUGAAAUCUGCAAAGAACUCAUCAAGAUGAUAUGAAGAUUGGCAGGAAGACCAUUUCGUAUAUUUCUGUACAAAGCUUUGUAAAUGGUUCAUCAAAAUUGCUGGUUUUUCAAAUCCACUCUUUUAGAAUCUAGUGGUGAAGGAGAUAUAAGAUUAUAUGUUAUGCGUCUAAAGCAAAGCUUUUCAGCCUUAGGUUACAGGAGAACUUCCCAAAGUGCUGAACAACUCAGUCGGUUCUGACUUAUGCAAAGAGCCUAAGAAAAUCUAGUGUAAGGUGUUUGUUUCCCUGUUGUGGCAUGUCAGAAGUGAUCUGUGUUUGUGUGUGCCUCUACACAGACAAGGGCUUCCUUUCACAGAGUAAUGGAAACCUUUAUGUUGCAAGCAAAAAAAUAUUUUUCCUCUUUGCAUAACUACUAAAGAUCGAUAUGCACAGGCAAGUAAAUCCACCAAAAUCCUACUCAUUGACCUAGUGCUGGUCUUUGCAGGAAAGUGGUGAAUGCGAAAGAGAAAAGUAGGGGACUCCCAGGAGGUUACCAUGGCCCUCCAGAUAUUGCUGAACUACAACCCCCAUCACCCCAUGCCAUUGGCCAUGCUUGCUGGGGCUGAUGGGAGUUGGAGGCCAGCAACAUUUGGAGGGCCAAAGGUUUCCUACACUUUCCUUGUGCAAUGGGCAGCUCCUUGCGCUGGUAGUUAAGCCCUGUCGGGUGUGAUUUAAACAUGAUCGUGUGUCUGCAUUUUUCAGCUUCCUGGUGCGAGGUUCCACGUGCUCAGUGACACACGUAUGGACCUCAUCACUAGCACUCGUGUAUGCAAUUUCAGCCUGCUAGAACCGUGUGUUCGUAAGGAAUGGAUACUUGGCAUGCUAAUGUCAUGUGUGUGCAGGUGCCUGCAAGCCAGUUGAAAGAAGAAUGUAAGAAGAACUGUGCUGGAUCAGGCCAAGGGAGUCAGCCAGAUGCUGAUGGGGAAAUCUCAAGCAGGACCUGUUCUGUCCACCUGCAAUUCUCAGGCAGGCAGCAUACAAAAUCCCUAAUGCCCAGGGCCCUGCCUGGGUCAUCCUCCCCACCCCCAAAAUGUGCUGUAUCACAUUUAGAGCAGCCCUCACUGUUUAGGAACAGAGUGCAGUCCCUCCCCAAAAUAGCACUGGCGCAAGGAGAGCGCGAGUUCACAAAAGCCAAUAAUCGAGCCGAUACAAAAUCAUAUCGUAGGUUCCAAUUACAGUCGUACCUUGUUUAGUGACCAGGAUCCGUUCUGGAGCCCCAGCCGCUGGCGGAAAGGGACGCAAGACAAAGCGCCGUGUCUGUGCAAGCGUGCGCACUGCACAUGCGCAAGUGGCAAACCUGGAAGGAACCCGUUCCGAUACUUCCGGGUUUGCCAUGGACGUUCGUCGGAACGGAUACUAGACAAGGCAGACAUUCGUGGAGGUAUUACUGUAGGGCUACAGCAAAACCACAUUUCCUUAUGUGGACCAUGAGAAGCUACAUACAUUUGGAAGAAAAACGGUUGCAUCCCAUAACAGAUGAUUUAUUCAUGGCUGCAAUGAAUUCCUGUAUCUUGCACUUCUGAGUUUCCUGCUUCGUCUUCCCUCCCUGCUAGCAAUGGCUUUCUCAUGUAAUUCUUGAUCUAGCUGUCCCUGCGCUCGUGCUACGUAUGAAAUCAUGACAGCUCAGUGACGUCCACUUUCAUAGCUUUAGAGCAAUACUGCAUAGACAUAUCGAGUGCAGCACAAGGCCGCUUAACUGCAUAUCCACGAGCUCAUCUUUAUUCAGUGGGACCAAAGACUAAGCAGUGGUUGAGUCAUUAGCCCAUGCCCUUCAGGAAUUAUAAACUAUCCAGCCUGCAAACAUAUAUCAUGGCUAGGCAAUCGGAUUAGCAGGCAAACAGUGCAUAGGUUGAGAGUUAUUUGGUCUCCUGCUUGCAGAUGAAAAAUUGGGAGUAGCAUCUGCUUUUGUCAGAGGAAGUUGGUGCUGAAUGCAAUGCGUGCAAAUGUGUGCGCUUUGAGCACACUACCUGGAAAGGCCAGCGUUUGGGAUGGACUUUGACAUAUGAUUGCCAUGCAUCUCACAGAAGAUACGAAGUGCCUUCCAGUCUCUGCCAAUAGAAGACUGUGCAUCUUUCUUUUAUUCAAGCAAAACUCUAAAGCUUGGAAUGGAGUGGAAAGCUUUCAUUUCCAGCUCAAUAGAGUUAUAUUGCAGCUUCAAAGGGUUGGUUCCUCUUGCCGGGGAGCUGACAUUAUUAAGCUAUCUCCUUUCCCAUUUUUUAAAAAAAAUUAAAAUAAGACUUUGUACAUUUUUGUUUUUAUUUUGCUUAGAAAUUGUAAUGCUUGUACAGUCGGCGUCAGUAAAGUUAAAAGGAAAAAAAAACCCCAAAGGAUAUUUGUAUAUAAAAAGAAGCUUCUAUUCAUGCCUUUAAUUUAUUUUAUGUUUGUUGCCUUCCU